CCUCAUUGACGCUGCCAGCUUUACGAUAAGAGUACUAUUAUCAGUAUGUUGUUAAUUCACUUUCACAUAUUCUCAACGUUGAAGACUUCUCUGAAGCAGACCAAUGCCGUCAGUUGAAAUUCCCGUCUGAAAAAGCAUUUGACAGCAAACGCUUCAUUAACCACGGGAUCCGCACCAUUGAGGUCAUGGUCAUGGAGUUCUGUAAAACCAUGUGUUAUAUGGAGCCCAACUGUGUCAGCAUUAAUAUUGACAAACGAGCGGAUGGAAAUGGAAAGUACAAAUGUGAAUUGAAUAAUGUGACUCACGAAGGACACAAAGACGAACUGAUAGAAGAUGGACAUUUUUCUUACCAUGCAGCUGAGACCGCUUGUGUCAAAAACUCUUGCAAGAACAACGCCACUUGUCAAAGUGGUUUUACUGAUGAAGGAUAUCGCUGUUUGUGUACUGUUGGAUUUAAGGGUCAGACAUGUGAUAAAGAUAUUGAUGAAUGCGCAACAUCUAAGCACGACUGCAGUGCCAGUGCUGUGUGCAUGAAUACCAAGGGAUCGUACAACUGUACAUGUAAACCUGGAUAUUCUGGUGAUGGACGCACUUGCAAAGAUGUUGAUGAAUGUGCCGUUGGGAAUCACGACUGUGGUACCAAUGCCGUAUGCAACAACACCAAGGGAUCGUACAAUUGCACAUGCAGGACUGAUUAUUGGGGAGAUGGAAAGACGUGCAUUAGAAAGGGUGGCCCGCUAUUUUCCACCUGCAAGGAGGUUUAUGACGGGCAAACAUCGACUAUGGAUAAACUGGUGACUUUAAUUAUUGAUUCAAAACCAGUCACCGUUCGUUGUUACAAUGAAAUUGAUGGAUGCGGAGAUGGGGGAUGGACACCGGUCAUGAAAAUCGAUGGCAACGAGAAUACCUUUCGCUAUGACUCACAUCAUUGGACUGAUAAAAAGGAAUAUAACUCUCCUGGCGGAAAGACUGCGUUUGACAACAAGGAAACUAAGCUACCGACUUACUGGAACACAAGCUUCUCUAAGAUAUGCCUAGGUAUGAAAUUUGGCCAACAGCUCAGUUUCGUUGUCUUGAACAAGGAGGCCGACUCUCUGUACUCACUGAUCGCUGACGGACAAUACCGCGCAACAUCACUUGGCCGCGACACGUGGAUGACGCUGAUUGCUCCAGAGGGAAAAUUACAGGACAAUUGCAACAGGGAAGGGUUCAAUGCUAAAUCUAAAAGAAAUACACACUCUAAAGCAAGGAUUGGGAUUCUUGGAAACAAUGAGGAUAAUUGCGAAAGUUGUGACUCCAGAAUUGGGUUUGGUACUUGGGGAAAACCUGAUAACACCAUCACGUGUGGAAAUGCAGCCUCGGGGUACUUUGGGUGGAGAAAUAAUGGAGAAUAUAUCCCAACAAUGGGUUACAUCUUGGUGCAGUAGGGAGGCACUACCCUGGAAAGAAACCACCAAAUGAUGAAAUGGUGUUAAUGGAUACCUACGUCAGUUAGUAAUUAGGAUCGGAAUAAACUAAAAUAGAUAUGAGUAUAUUAGCGAAUAAAUAGACAACUAAAUAGAAGUCGGAAAAACCGAUGAGCCAGUUGAUGAUGUAUUAAUUGUCAUUGUGUUAAGAAUCGUGUCGACAAACAAGAUGUUUCUUUAGUCUGUUAAAAGUAAUUUACAAGCUUUCACAGAUUAUUUUUCUGGUCUUUGUCACAGUUUUUAUCAAUAUUCGUAAUUUCGAUAACAAAGAGCACCCGGGUUAGUUUAUUUGGAGUCAUGUUCAGCUUCAUGGUAAAUUGCU